CUAAAAAUACUCACACGUCAGAUUCAUCAACCCAAUAGUGGACCCUAUCAGUUGGUUUUGUUUUUCGUCAUUACCCGAAGCCUAAUAUAGCGGCAACUGUAAUACACUCUCCCUCUCUAACCACCUUUCUCAUUUCUUUCCAUUUUCUUCCCCGCCGUGAACCACCGUUACUCCGCCGCCGGUACCUCCUUAUCAUCCAUACAUAUCCAUAUAUACAUACAUAUACUGCGUCUCUCAGGCCUUCGAGAUCCAUCAGUAUUUCAUUAUAUUACGUAGAAACGAACAAUUUUAUUAUAUUUUUGGAGAAAAAAGAGAAAGCGAACGACGUAGUGCUUCUACGAUCAAUUUUAUUAAUAUUUUUGGAGAAAAAGAGAAAGAGAAGGACGUAGUGCUUCGAAAUAUUCAGAGAUAAAUCGGAGAUCUUUUAUUUAAGGCAGACGCUUUAUAUGCAUGUGUGAAGAAACUGCAAGCACGUAGAAAAAAAAUAUACAGAGUGCGAGAAAAGUUGAUUGUGAUGCAUUUUGUUCCGAAAUCUGAAUCAUCUUCGAGGAGAAAUUGAGAAAAAGUGUUGGAAUAUUUGAAUUUCUGUGUGUUUUGUCAAAGGUUACCGGUAAAGUUUUAACCGAUUUCAAGCACUUUCGGUUCCAAAUCUGAGAUUAAUACAGAUCCUCUGCGUUUUUUCCAUACGAAAACACUGAUUUUUUCUUCAGUUUCGAGAGGAAAAAAAAGAGAGUCUGUUUUGUUGGCGGUGUUUGACGUACUCUGUUUUUGCGAUUUCGUAAGUUGAUUUUGAGUAUUAGAGAUGGAACAGAAGAAUAUGUUGUUGUCAGCUUUAGGUGUGGGAAUAGGCGUUGGAGUUGGUAUUGGAUUGGCGUCAGGCCAGACGGUUAGCAGAUGGGCUGGUGGUGGAUCGGCAGCCAACAUUAUUACACCGAUGAUUAUGGAGCAAGAGAUGCUUAAUCUCAUAGCAAAUGGCAAAGAUAGUAAAGUCACCUUUGAUGAGUUUCCAUAUUACUUGAGCGAGCAAACAAGGGUGUUGCUGACAAGUGCUUCUUUUGUUAAUUUGACAAAUGCCAACUUUGCUAAGCAUACUCGCAACCUCUCCCCUGCUAGUCGAACAAUUUUGCUGUCAGGACCUGCUGAACUUUAUCAACAAAUGCUCGCCAAGGCAUUGGCUCAUUACUUUAAUGCCAAGUUGUUGCUACUGGAUGUAACUGAUUUUUCACUGAAGAUGCAAAGCAAAUAUGGAGGAACAUGCAAAGAAUAUUAUCAUAAAAGGUCGAUAUCGGAGACAACAGUGGGGAGAAUGUCUGGAUUGUUUGGAUCCUUUUCCAUGCUUCAGCCCAAGGAGGAAAACAAAGGUUCAUUGCGUAGGCAAAGCAGUGGAGUAGAAAUUGGAUCAAUAGAUGGAUCUUUCAAAGCUGCAAAUUUGCGUAGGAACGCAUCUGCCUCGGCCAAUUUGAAUGAUAUAACUUCAUAUAAUUCAUCAGGGAAUCCAGCUCCACUUAUGCGCAACAGUAGCUGGGCUUUCGAUGAGAAGCUUCUUAUACAGACCUUGUACAAGAUUAUUGUCAAAGUAUCGAAAACCAGUCCCAUGGUUGUGUAUCUCAGGGAUGUUGAAAAGGUCCUUUGUAGGUCGGAAAAGAUAUAUGUGUUGUUCCAGAAAAUGCUGAAGAGAUUGUCCGGGUCUGUUCUGAUCCUUGGUUCAAGAAUUGUGGACCCUGAAAACGACUAUAGGGAAAUAGAUGAAAGGCUUUCUUCAAUAUUUCCCUAUAACCUUGAAAUCAAACCCCCAGAAGAGGAAACUCAUCUUGUUAGUUGGAAGUCUCAACUAGAGGAGGAUAUGAAGAUGAUCCAGUUUCAGGACAACAGAAAUCACAUAAUGGAAGUACUUUCUGCUAACGAUAUUGAAUGUGAAGAUCUAGGAUCAAUUUGUAUGGCGGACACCAUGGUCCUAAGUAACUAUAUAGAAGAAAUUGUGGUAUCAGCAAUCUCGUACCAUCUGAUGAACACAAAGGAUCCUGAAUACAGAAAUGGGAAGCUUGUUAUUUCAUCUUCAAGCUUGUCCCAUGGACUGGGCGUAUUUCAGGAAGGAAAAUCUGCUGGGAAGGAUUUCUUAAAGCUCGAAGCACAAGCUGAAACAUCAAAGGAUUCUCAGGGCCGAGAAAGUAGUAGUACAAAACCAGAAGCCAAAACUGAAGGUAUCCUCCCAGAAAAGAAAGGUGAAGCUGAAGCUCCGGCUCCACCGGGAAAUGAUGGGAACAUUACAACCCCAGCUCCAAAAACUCCGGAAGUUCCUCCCGACAAUGAAUUCGAGAAGCGUAUAAGGCCUGAAGUUAUACCUGCGAGUGAAAUUGGUGUGACAUUUGCUGAUAUUGGUGCCUUGGAUGAACUUAAAGAAUCUCUUCAGGAGUUGGUGAUGUUACCCCUGAGGAGACCGGACCUAUUCAAAGGUGGCCUUUUGAAGCCGUGCAGAGGAAUACUGCUAUUUGGGCCUCCUGGCACAGGGAAGACUAUGUUGGCAAAGGCCAUUGCAAGAGAAGCUGGAGCGAGUUUCAUCAAUGUGUCUAUGUCCACAAUUACUUCAAAAUGGUUUGGAGAAGAUGAGAAAAAUGUCCGUGCAUUGUUCACUCUUGCAGCUAAGGUCUCUCCCACUAUUAUCUUUGUGGAUGAGGUUGAUAGCAUGCUUGGCCAGAGAUCUAGAGCUGGGGAGCAUGAAGCUAUGCGGAAAAUAAAGAAUGAGUUCAUGACUCAUUGGGAUGGGUUACUAACAAAAGCAGGUGAAAAAAUUCUUGUUCUUGCUGCUACCAAUAGGCCAUUUGACCUUGAUGAAGCAAUUAUUAGGCGUUUUGAGAGAAGAAUUAUGGUUGGUUUACCAUCAGUAGAGAACAGGGAAAUGAUCAUGAAAACUCUACUGGCCAAGGAGAGAGUUGAUGAAGGAUUGGACUUCAAGGAGCUGGCGGCAAUGACUGAAGGCUACUCUGGAAGUGAUCUCAAGAAUCUGUGCACUACUGCUGCAUACCGGCCAGUUAGAGAGUUGAUACAGCAAGAAAGAAUCAAAGACUUGGAUAAGAAACGCAGAGCUGAGGAAGCUAAGAAUGCUGGAGUUGCUCCAGCUACAGAUGAAGAUAAGGAGGAUAAAGUGAUUACCAUCCGACCUUUGAAUAUGGAAGACUUCAAACAAGCCAAAAAUCAGGUUGCAGCUAGCUUUGCAGCUGGAGGAUCAAUAAUGAGCGAGCUAAAACAAUGGAAUGAGGCAUAUGGCGAAGGAGGAUCAAGGAAAAAGGAGCAGUUGUCUUAUUUUCUGUAGUAUAGUUAAAUUACAUCUUCCUGCACCCUUCUCGACCCGCUCAUACAGAUUGUGUCUUUGGAAAAACAAAAGAUGCUAAACGAAAGAAAGUUGUCAAGAGGUGAUAAAUCAGAUCAUUAGGGAACAGGAGUGGAGAUCAAGAGUCUCACUCACCGAGUCUUGCUGACCUGUUUGUUCAAGAUUUAAUUGUAGUUUUAUCUUGUAGGUUUGAAAUCGUUGUUGUUGUUGCUGUUGCUUCUGUAAUAUUAGAUAGAUUGUCCUUUUUGACACCAAAGGAAAAGGAGGAGGAAGAGGCGAGAGUUGUUUUCUAUUUCCCCUUCUUUGCAAGUGCUGAAGAGGAAGCCAACUGCUCGUACUUCUCUCUUAACAAAUUAGUGGUAAAUGUAUGUGUUGAGGGAUUUCUUUAGAUACUUUCUUGCAAUGCCAUGUAUUUCUGCAAUUUUUUGCUUGAUGCUAGGUAUGAAAAAAUAGGUUUGAAAUAA